AAUAACACAACCACUAUCAAGUAGGCUAUCUAGUAAGCCCAUUGCAGAUGCUCUUAGAGACUAGAGUACACAAAACCCCACAUUUCUUAAUCCGGCGGUUUUAAUUUAACACAUGCGCCGCUAAUCUCUCUCUCUUUUCCGCCGUCGACGCCGCUCGUCGAAGCCGCUCGCCUCUUCCAUUGGAGCAAAUUGCUUACUGCAUUUUGCGUUUUGCAGUACCGUUAGAAUUGGUCUUAGAGAUAAACAGCUGAAGUUAAUUCUUCCGCAUCGUUUCGUCAGUUCCAAUCCGCCGAGUACAAGGAACUGCUGGAAAUCAUGGCGGAGAAGGGGAAAUCUAGGGGUGAAAUUACGCAACGUCGAAGGAGAGAGGGAGGAGAUGUUAGGAGCAAAAAGAGGAAGAAUUUGAGCUCGAAUGGUAAGCAUAAGGAGGAGAAAGGCAGUGAGAAGAAGCGCCGGAGUGGACCUCGGCUGCCGAAUGCUUUGAAGAAGGAGCUCGAGCGUCUUAAUCCGACCCUCAGUGGAGAGGCGUCGGAUGGCGAUGAAGAGAUUGACUCCGAUGGUGCAGCUGGCAAUGACGUUUAUGAAAAUGAAGAAGGUGUUGCGGAAGAGGAGUCCUCGAGGAAUAGGCGGUAUGAUCCUGUUGAAAACUAUGAGUUUGAGCUUCCUGAAGACUUUGAGGAUUGGAAGGUUGCAUCUGAUGCAGAAGAGGAUGAUGCUGAUGAUGAUGAUGAGGAGGAUCCAGGAAGACAUGCUCGAAUGUUGGAGGAGAUUACUGGACUUCGUGCUGAUGCUUUUGGAGGUAAAAAGAAAAAGGAUUUAAUCAUAUCCGAGGCAUAUCCAGAGUCUGAGUAUAAUCCCAGUGGUGAUAUUCUUGAUGGUGAUGGCCGUAUUAGCAUUAACGACCUUCUAGACCCAUUACAUGGCAAGUCUGGCAGCAGCCAACUCAGGAAGGACUUGCGGAGGAUGUGGACAAAAUCUGAUCCUACUCUGGUACCGGUGCGCAAGACCGAUAAAGAGAAGAUUGAGCGGGAGGAAGCCUAUAAACAAUCUAAGAAGGAUAUUACCAAGUGGGAACCUUUGGUCAAGAGGAACAGAGAGGCACCUACGUUGUUUUUUGAUGAGGAUAAGGACAUUGGGUAUUCAACUAUAGGAGCAAUUGCUUCUGAAUUUAAACCAAGAACUGAUUUUGAGAAGAAAAUGGCUUGGUUGGUCAACCAAAGUGAAGUUGCUGAAGCUCACAAAAAAGAUGGUGCCAGGCUUCUCGAACUUAACGAGAUAUCCAUUGAAGAUGUAAAGGAAAGGCAGGAACGGCUUGCAAAAAUGCGUGAUCUUCUUUUCCGUCAUGAAUUGAAAGCAAAACGAGUUAAAAAGAUAAAGUCCAAAACGUAUCACCGGCUGUUGAAGAAAGAUAAGGCAAAGUCAGCAGAAGCUUCAAUUCGAAUGGACCCAGAAGCUGCGAAGGACCAUGCCUUUAAGAGAGAGGCCAAAAGGGCUGAGGAACGUAUGACCUUGAAGCAUAAAAACAGCACUAAAUGGGCUAGGCGAAUCUUAAAACGUGGUUUAGACGCCCAAGAUGAUGCUACCAAAGCAGCCUUUAGUGAGCAACUUAGUCAACAUGCUGCUUUGACUAGAAAAAUAAAUUCUAUCAAAGAAAGCAGUGGUAGUGAUGAUAACAGCGACAGUGAUGACAGUGAUGUUAUGUCAGCUGGUUCAGACCAGGAAGUUGCGGAAAAAUUGAUCAAGAAGGCUAAGGAGAAGACACUUCAAGUCCUAGAAGGGAAUGAUGAAUUACCUAUGCCGGGAGUGCUUUCUUUACCUUUCAUGGUGCGAGGGCUGAAAAAGAGAAAAGAGGCUGUUGAUGAAGAAGCAAAACUUGCUCUUGAAGAGUAUGAGUCAACUUUGAAGCAGUUGGGUGAUACAAGUAAGUUGGGAAGCUCAGAAAAGGAUGCCAAGGUUGCCCCAGGUGGUAGGAGGGUGUUUGGUGCUCCUGAAAAGGUGGUUAGUGUAACAAGAAAGAAGGAAAAAAUAAAUAACUACUAUGGUAAUAGUGACAGUGAAAGUGAUGCUGAGGCCACAGAGGAGAAUACUCGACAUGAUCAAACUGGAAAAUCUCUAAAAGAGAUGGAUAUUGACCCUAAUUUACUUCGGGAAGAAUUUGGUUUUAGUCAUGAUUCAGUAUUUAAGGUGAAUAUAUUUGUUCUCUUCCUCUUCAUCAAUUUAUGUGUUCUUUCUUGUUUAUUUGAUAGAAUAUUGCAAAUCUUUUCAGUUCGAUCAAAUGCUCAAGUCAUUUAUCAGACAUGUCCCUUUUCUGAUCAAUCUUUCUUACAUGCAACUAUAGCAGGCUCAGGAGAUGCUGAAGAUCCUGAACCUAAGACUACUUAUGAGGUUUCUUAUCUAUCUUCUGAUUCCUGGAAAAAGGUAAGACAAUCAUCAGAUGCUGUUAAAGGGACUGAUGACAACCGAAUUGUUUGCAAGCCUGGCAUUGUAGCACAAACAGCAGAGGAUCCAGAAUCUGAGGGCAACGGUGAAGAUUCCGAUACAGAUAGUGGAGGGGAAAUGGUUGAUGGAAUUUUAUCUUCAGGCCACAAGUCUACUUAUGAACUUCCAUCUCAAGCAGAACUGAUACAACGGGCUUUUGCUGGUGAUGACGUAGAAGAAGAUUUUCUGAAACAAAAAGAGGCCGUGUUGGAUGAGGAAAAUCCCGAACCAGAAAAGCCCGUAUUACUUCCCGGCUGGGGUCAGUGGACUGGCGUACAAAAGAAGAGAGGUUUACCUUCUUGGAUGUUGAAAGAGCAUGAGGCUGCAAAACAGAAAAGGUCCGAAUCCCUGAAGAAGAGGAAGGAUGCACAUCUUAAUAAUGUCAUCAUCUCAGAGAAGCUUGGUAAAAAGGCUGGAAAACUCCACACGAAGACUCUACCUUAUCCUUACACAUCAAAGGAAGUUUUCGAACAAAGCAUCCGGAUGCCAAUCGGACCCGAAUUCAACCCGGCGACCGCCAUUGGAGCCCUCAACCGCCCGGAGGUGGUGAAGAAAGCCGGUGUCAUAAUCAAACCAAUUGAAUAUGAGGAUGUGAGCGACCACGAGAGAGGCGAAAGCCACAAGCGCAACGCUCAGAAGCAAGGCAAAGCUAACGACAAAAAUCGUUCAAUGAAAAAGAUUACUGUUUAAGUGUAAUAGCAAAAUUUUGGCAAUGAUAUUGCUGUAUAUUUUUAUUUAUUUUAAUUUAUUGCUUGGUCUAUAGGUGUUUUAGUUGGACCAAAUUUUGUAGACUUCUAUUUAGUGUGACAAUGUUGUGUCCAUUGAGUGUUCCAUGAAUUUUAGGGGCUCUCAAAGAGCCUUUUUUCCCACAAUG